AUGCUGCGACGCACUUCUGGGAACAAGGCAUUGCAUGCCUUUGUUCGUUCGCCCCAUUAUCGAUCAGUUCCUAGUGCCGGACCCAAUGGGAUUGUCAUCAAUCGCGACAUGCUUAUCCAUCAAUUCCGGGAUUUCUACAAGACCCUGCAGCACUCAUCCUUAGUUGAUAAGGUUCAUUUGAUGUCCGAGAGACCCUCCGUGGAGGCGUUACGUGUAGCAGAUCAAAUGGCCUCUAUUGGUGCUACUUUUUUAGGAAUGCCUCUAACAGGCAUGGAGCAUCGCGCAACAGAGUUUAUGGAGUCGAUGCGAUAUGUGCGGGGUGCCGGUGGCCCAUCUACACUUGCUUCGUACCUGCAGGAUACGGAAAGCUGUCGUUGUCACAGCGGUGAUAUUGUAUGCUUGCCAACCGGCAUUGCAGUUGGGCAUGGCCCUCGCACAAAUGCAGUGGCUCACUCAACGCUGAGGCAGUUGUUUGAGGUUAAGGAGGACCAGUUCUCCUUCGAUGUCUUUACACUGGAGCAAGAAGGAGACGCACCACCGCUUGGUGACUACUUUGGUUUUGCCGGAAACAACGUUCUCUUAACCUGGAAAGAUGAGCAUGGCCUAUUGGCAGUGGAUCAGUACCAGCAGAAGCAACCUCAAGUCGAGAUGAAUGUUGUGUACCUCGAGCCUGGAUGUCAUUUUCUGUCUUUUUACGGUGUUGAUUUCACGACAGACGUGUUGGUGCAAAAAGGGUACGAGCGGUCCAUGGACAGCAUCGCCGCCGCGGGGCUAAACCCCAUCCCGGUGCAGUGGUCAGAGAUGGACAAACUUGGCGUCUCAAUGCGGGCGGCGGUGCUACCUUUGAAGUUUCUCAAAGCAAACGUCGGUGGUAUGCUGUCGAGGAACAAAAGCCGCGGGACGAGGUGGCAGACACAUCAAAUACCCUGA